AUGAGUCAUCAUAUAAAAAAUGAUAGUAGUUAAAUAGCUUACCAUACUAGUCCUUCUCGUACAAUACAAGAGGUUAAUGAAUUAUCAAGAGAAUAAGCAAUUAAGAAACUUUAAGAGAAGAAAAUAUAAGAAUUGGAAUAUAAAAUAAAAUAAUCUGAGAUUAUUAUAUAAAGAUAGUAAACAUAAUUAAAUGAUGUUUCAAUGGAAGCAACAAAGAUGAGCAGAUAAUUUUAAGAUGCUUUGAAUGAUUUAAAUUAAUUAAGAUAAUCUAGUGAAAAAAAGGAUUAAUAAAUAGGAAUGUUGUUAGAAGAGAAUGAAAAAGUAGUUAAAGUUUUAGAGAAGUUAAAAUAUGAUUAAAAGAUAAUUAAUGGAGAUUCAAAUAAAACUAUAUAGAGUUUAGAAUAAUAAGUGCGUGAUCGUUAUUAAGUUGAGAAAAGAAUGAAUGAUGAAAUACAAUAGAAAACAUUUUAAGUAUAAUAUUAAUAUAUAACUUAGAUUACAAAUUUAUAAUAGUAGUUAUAAGUAUAAUUAUAAGAAAAAGAAGAAAUAAUUAAUGAUUUAAGAGAGAAAUUAAUAGUAUCUGAAAAAUAAUGGUCAACAGAUGCAUCACUUGGACAUUUGGCUAAGAAAAGAGGCAAAUAGAUAGAAACACUUACACAUACUAAUAAUGAUUAAUUAUUGAAAAUAUAAGAAUUAUAAAAUAAGAUUACUAUCCUAUUAGAAUAGAAUGAUACUUUAUAAAAUACAAUUUUAAAAGAUUCUAAUAGAAUUGAAGAUUUUAAAUAAUUAAUUAAAUAAUUAGAAGAUAAACAUAGAGAAUAAUUAGAAAAAUAAAAUGAAAUUAAUGAAUCAAAAAUGGAUAAAUUAAAAUAAUAACAUUAAUUGGAGAUCUAAAAUUAAAUGGAUACAAUAGAAGUUAUUAAAGUUGAUUUAAAUUAAAAAGUUAAUUAGAAUAUGAAAAAUUCAACUUAACCUAUUAUUGAAGAAUUAAAAUCUGCUAGAUUAAUUAUAAGAGAUCUAUAAUAAGAAGUUUAGAAAUUAAAAUUAUCUUAAUAUAAAUCUCUAUAAGGAGAAGCUGAAAAUAUAUAGUAUGAAUUUGAUUAAUUAAAUAAGAAAAAUAAUUAAUUGAAUGAAAUCAAUUUUUAAUUGUAACAAAAAUUGAAAAAAGAAGAUAUUAACAAUAAAUCUAAGAUUGCAGAAUUAGAAAAGGCUAAUGAAAAAUUAUAAUAGAUAUAAUAAUUAAAUGAAACAAAGAUUGAUGAAUUGCAAUAGAAAUUAAAAGAAUUACCACGAUUUAGAGAAAAAAGUUUAGAGAAUAUUAAAUUUCAUGUUGAUUCAACUAAAUAAACAUGUGAAUUAGAAACUAAGAUAAGAAAAUUAUAGGAUAUAAAUGAAUAAUAUAAUUAAGAAAUCAACGAGAAAGAUUAGAAAAUUAAUUUACUAUUAGAUUAAGUUAAAUAAGCACAAUAUUAAAAAGAUAAUGAAAUAUCAUUAAUAAGAUUGGAAUCUUCAUAGGAAAUUAGAGAAACUUAGGAAUAAAUGAAAAGAGAGUUACAAAUUCAAUAAAAACUCUAUAAUGAUGCUUAGAAGCCAAUUUAAGAUUAAAUGAAAUAAGGAUAAUUAGAAUAAUCAAGACUUAGAUAAUAAAUAUAAAGAUAAUAAAAUGAAAUAAAAUAAUUGGAAAAUAGAAUUGCAUGUAUAAAUAUAUAUAUUAAUUAAUUAUAGAUUUAAUCAAUGAAAAUUAAUAAUUACAAAAUUAAUAAGAUCAAUAGAGAAUAUUAGAAAAUUAGUUAUUAAAGGAUAAAUAAGUUUUAGAAUGUAAAUUAUAAGAUAGACAAAAAGAAUUAGAAAACUGGAAAGAUAAAUUUACAAAGACUACCAAUAAUUUUGAGAAACAGUCAGAAAGAGCUGAAAGAGAAUAGAAUAGAGCUGAAGGUAACAUUAUUUUUUAAUUAUUAGGUUUAAGAUUGGAAAUCAGUAGAAUGUAAAAAUAGUUAGAAUAAAUGACUCAAUAAAAUAACAGUUUAGAAGUUUAAUUGUAGAAUUCUUUGUAAGAGUCUAGGGUUUUAAAGAAUUAAUUAGUUGAAGGAUUAAGACGUGAUUGUGGAUCAGGAAUUUAAUCUAAUACUUUUAUUAAGACAAAGUGAGG